CAAAGUCCGAUCAGUGCUUCCGAUAAAAAGAUUAGCAAAAGAGGCAUACAUGGCGAAAGCCGUAGCUCCGAGAAGAGUUCUGUUGCUCUGCGGAGAUUACAUGGAAGAUUACGAGGCGAUGGUUCCUUUCCAAGCACUGCAAGCUUUUGGAAUAGACGUGGACGCAGUCUGCCCGGGAAAGAAAGCCGGCGAGCUGUGCAGGACUUCGGUGCAUCAGAUAUUAGAGCAUCAGACAUAUUCAGAGUCACGAGGCCAUAAUUUUGCACUUAAUGCGACAUUUGAUGAAAUUGAAGUGAGGAAGUAUAAUGGAUUAAUUAUACCUGGUGGAAGAGCUCCAGAGUAUCUUGCUAUGGAUGAAUCCGUCUUAAAAUUGGUGAGGGAAUUUUCAAACUCCGGAAAGGCAAUUGCAUCCAUUUGCCAUGGACAGUUGAUACUGUCUGCUGCAGAUGUUGUCAAAGGGCGUAAGUGUACAGCAUAUCCUGCUGUUAAGCCUGUUCUGAUUGCUGCAAGAUCUUAUUGGGUAGAAGCAGAGACUACAGCUACUUGUGUCAGGGAUGGUAAUCUUAUUACAGGAGCAACAUACGAAGGGCACCCUGAAUUUAUUCGUCUGUUUGUAGAAGAACUUGGUGGUACCAUACAAGGUUCGAACAAAAAGAUUCUCUUUCUUUGUGGGGAUUAUAUGGAAGAUUAUGAAGUUAUGGUUCCUUUUCAGUCUCUUGGAGCUCUUGGUUGCAAGGUUGAUGCUAUCUGCCCUAAUAAGAAUGCGGGUGAUAUAUGUCCAACUGCCAUUCAUGAUUUUGAAGGCGACCAGACAUAUAGUGAAAAGCCUGGUCAUAACUUCACGUUGAAUGAGCAGUUUGAUUCUGUGGAUAUCUCUAGCUAUGAUGCUCUUGUAAUACCAGGAGGCCGUGCCCCAGAAUAUCUAGCAUUGGAUGAGAAGGUUAUUGAUUUAGUGAAGCACUUCAUGGAUAGUAAAAAGCCAGUUGCAUCUAUCUGCCAUGGCCAACAAAUAUUAUCUGCUGCUGGAGUUCUUAAGGGAAGAAAAUGCACAGCAUACCCUGCCGUAAAGCUGAAUGUUGUGCUAGGUGGAGGAACAUGGCUGGAACCAGAUCCAAUUCACCGCUGCUAUACAGAUGAAAAUUUAGUGACUGGAGCUGCUUGGCCUGGGCAUCCGGAGUUUAUUUCUCAGCUGAUGGUAUUACUUGGUAUCACAGUCUCAUUCUGAAUUAGCAAAGUUAAUGGUAUUUGUCUACUUAAUGGAAAGAAGAAGUUAGAGGGAAGGCCACUGUCAUCCUUCUUUUUUUGUCGUGAGAGAAUGCGUCAUUUUGCUGCAGGUAAGCUUGUCAUAACGUUAUGGUUAUUUUCCUUGCUUCUUGCUGUGACAUCUAUAUAAUGUAACUGUUAGUGGUAUAGUUUAUAGUUGUGAAGGUACUGUUAUGUGGUGGUUUUUUUCAAGUCA